AUGGAUUUAACGAAACAUUGUGCCAAGUGUGAUCGACCGGACUCGGCGGAUAAUUUAGUCGGAUGCGACUCCUGUGAGACGUGGAUGGACUUUGGGUGUGCGGGAGUGACGGAUUCCAUCGCCGAGGUUAAUCGCAGUUGGAAAUGCGAGCAGUGCCGGGAGGAAGAUUCAAUGUUGCAGUCGGUCAGUCGUAUAUCUUCUAGCAAGCAUUCGUCUAGAAUUGACCUCAAUCUAAGGAUGAUCGAGGAAGAGAAGGCCAUGAGAAUGCGAAGAAUUCUGGAAGAAGAAGCAGCUCAAGCUGCAACCAGGAAAAAGCUAGCGGAUGAGGAGGAGAAGUUUCUAAAGAAGAAGUAUAAACUUCUCGCGGAUGAGGAAAAUUCAGAGGAUGGAGCCAGUAGAACAUCAAGACUGAGCAAUCGAGCUAGUCUAGAUAAGGUACGGUCGUGGCUUGGAAAGCAGGAAGUCGACACAGCACGUCGAGUGAAAGUAGUGUCAUCCAGUAGCACCUUGCCGAGAACCGUAGUUACAGAAGCAGUUCAGCAGUCUAUAAUCCCAGCACUCAUCACCUCUAGCCCGAAGGCGUCAAACGUUCCUGCCCUUGCAACCUCGAGCCCUGUGUCAACUUCUACACCAAGUUCGGUAAAGUGCUCCGUAGCAAUGAGUGCACCUGAAGGUCCAGUUCCAGUAAGAUCAAAAGGUGACUUCGUAUCCCACACCGAAAUUAUUUUAGACGUUCCCGGGAGACCUCUGGUAAGUUCGUCAUUGGUGACUAGAUGCAACUCCUACGUCGGAGUCAAUAAACUCGUUGCGAUAAAUAACAACAGUGGAUCGCAGAAGAUCAACAAUAGUGCUCCGCCUUCGGUUAUCGACCUUCCCCCUUUAUCGGGUCGUAACCAAGUACCAGAGGCAAUAGUAAACAGCAUCCCCUGCAUACUCAUGAGUAGGGCAUCGGAAUGUGGUGAUAACAUUGUCACAUAUUCCUCUAGUAGUAGGCCAGUGUUUCACGAUAGCAUAGUAGGUAAAAGCGUACCACAAGUAUCCUCCCUCAACUAUGGGUAUACGACUAUGUCUAACUAUAAUCCCACAUUCUUGACAACAACCUCAGUGCUGAAUCAACUGCACACUACAAAUAUUCCGACACAUAACAGUAUCGUCGCCCCUCAGUACGUUGCAACUAACCCAUCAAUGUCAUUUCUCACUGGUAGUCAGGGUUACCCGGUUGGAUGGUGUUCAGUUACUUUCCAACAUCCGAGUUUAUCAGUGCCAUUAGUACACUCCCGACCAACGUUAAGUUCCAUUUGUCAACCAACGUGGAUCAAUAGCAAUAUCGCCAGUACCACCGUGAGUGGAAUGCAAUCGUUAAAUAUAAAUCAUAUCCCGGUUUCAACGCAGAGAGAAGGAACGUAUUUCAAUAAUGGAGGUGUGUUAGUAAGUACGAGUGCGUUGGUACCACCUGUGUCCAGUACCACUGCACCUCAGUUUGUGAUUCCGGGUACCCAACUACCGAUGCCAGCCGGACCAUUCUGUGCUCCCUCCAUUGACCAACGGCCUCAACAACAGCCUGCUAUACCAGUUCGAAGCGGGCCAUCUAGCGAACAAAUGGCUGCGAGACAAGUUAUGCCGCGAGAGUUGCCAAUCUUUUCAGGCGACCCUCAAGAUUGGCCGCUAUUCUAUAGCUCGUUCUGCAACUCUACGGAAACAUGUGGAUACACUGAUUCGGAGAACUUAGCUCGACUACAGUGUUGUUUGAAGGGGAAUGCGUUGGAAGCAGUUAGAAGCCGGUUGCUGAUGCCGCAGUCGGUGCCUUUCGUAAUUGAUAUAUUACGGCGCUUGUACGGUCGACCAGAAAUUCUGAUACACUCUCUCCUCCAAAUGCUACGAACAGUUCCCUCUCCGAAGACUGACAACUUGCAGUCGCAAAUAAAUUUCGGUCUCGCUGUACAAAAUGUCGUGGAUCACAUGUGUGUUGCUAAUCUUUCUGAUCAUUUGUGGAAUCCUACGCAGCUUCAAGAGCUAGUCGAGAAACUACCACCGCAAAUUAAAAUGCAGUGGUCCUACUACAAGAAUAAAAGCACCUGCGUCAACCUGGCGACCUUCAGCGCGUUCAUGUCUGAGUUAGUGAUGAUGGCGUCAGAUGUUACGCUUCCAGUCGAAGCGCUCAGUAUGAACUCGAAACCCAUCAAACAGGAAAAAGAGAAACCGACGCUGUACACACACUCUGAGGGUCCGCAGGAGAGGAAUAGUGAAUCCGCUGGGAAAAAUAUGGCAACAGGGGAGAGGGAAAAGAAUACUUGUAUGUACUGCACUAGAACCGGUCACGAAAUCGCAAACUGCAAGCAAUUCAAGGCGCUCGAUAUCGACGGUAGAUGGGAAGUCGUGAAGCAGAAAAAAUUGUGUAGUGGUUGCCUUAUACCACAUCGGAAAUGGCCAUGUCGAACCAAAAAAGAGUGUGGUAUAAAUGGGUGUAGAAUACACCACAAUAACCUUCUGCACUCAGAAAACGGUUCGGGAAAAGCGGAUACAACGAGCGGAGCAGGGAAUACGAAUAUUGUUGUACAUCAAAAUUUACACAGUUCGAUGUCAUAUUCGUUAUUCCGAUAUUUGCCGGUCACUAUACACGGGAAUGGCAAGCAAGUCAGUACCUAUGCGUUCCUGGAUGACGGGUCUAGUUCUACUCUUCUUGAACGCAAUAUUGCGUCGUUAUUAGGCAUCAAGGGUCCAAAUGACGGCUUCUGUUUGAGUUGGACUGGAAAUAUCUCGAGGGAGGAAAAGGAAUCCCAGCGUAUUAGCGUGGUCAUCUGCGGGAAUGGCAAGAAGUUUAAACUCCACAAUGUGAGAACAGUUCAGCAGCUGCAGUUACCUGCGCAGACGAUGUGCUACGACAAUCUAGCACGUAGCUAUCAACACCUAAAGGGUCUUCCGGUUCAAAGUUACACGGAUGCGACUCCAGGUAUCAUCAUUGGCAUCGAACAUAGUCGGCUACUAACUGCUUUGCGAACGCGCGAGGGAAGAGAUAACGAACCAGUGGCUACAAAAACGCGUCUGGGUUGGUGUAUUUUCGGGAAAAACGACAAGAGCGGCAAUUCGAUAGUGCAGCUGAAUUCACAUCUAACAGAAAAGAUGAAAAAUCAUGAGCUACAUCAAUGGAUGAAACAAUUCUUCGCAGUUGAAGAGUCCAGCGUGACAGUCAAACCUGAAGCUGAAGAAGACAAGCGAGUACGACAGAUUAUGGAAGCUACAACCCGGCGCGUGGACGAUGCCUUCGAGAUAGGGCUGUUAUGGAAGUAUGACCAGGUCUGCUUUCCGGACAGCUACCCAAUGGCACUUCGGCGAUUGAAAGCGUUGGAAAGAAGGUUAAGUAAGGACCCGAUUCUCGGACAAAGGGUGAAAGAGCAGAUUGCAGAGUACGAAUCGAAGGGAUACGCCCAUCGUAUUACUCCAAACGAACUGCGAUCUACUGACCCGACAAGGGUAUGGUACUUACCGUUGGGAAUAGUACAGAACCCGAAAAAACCGAGCAAGCUACGGCUGAUAUGGGACGCUAAAGCACGUGUGGCAGGCGUAUCAUUCAACGACAUGCUGUUAAAAGGUCCGGAUCUUGUAGUGGAUCUGAUAUCGGUACUGUUGCGCUUCAGGCAAGGAAACAUAGCAAUGGUGGGAGACAUAAAAGAGAUGUUCAAUCAGAUCAGGAUACGAGAUGAAGACAAGCAGUCACAACGGUUCAUUUUUCGGCUGCCUCCAGAAUUAGAACCCCAAAUUUUCGUCAUGGAUGUGGCCACCUUCGGCGCAACCUGCUCGCCAAGUCUAGCGCAGUUUGUAAAAAACAGAAACGCAACGGAGUUUGCCGAUUCCUUUCCGAGAGCAGCAAGAGCUAUCACCGAGAACCACUACGUGGAUGACUUUCUGGACAGUGUAGACACGGAAGAGGAAGCUGUCCGAUUAAUCACCGAAGUGAAAUAUGUCCAUUCGCAAGCAGGUUUCGAAAUUCGUAACUUUGGUUCAAAUUCAGCCCGAGUCUUAGAGAAAAUCGGAGAGCCGGAAGCACGUCAGCAAAUAUCCAUGAAGCUGGACAAAUCGCUUGAUUCGGAACGGGUGCUAGGUUUGAUCUGGAAAACAACAGAGGAUGUCUUCUGCUUUGACCUGAACAGCAUGAAGGAAGAAAUUAAAUCAAUAAUCGAAAGUGGAAGUACGCCAACUAAACGCCAAGUCUUGCGAACUGUAAUGUCACUCUUCGACCCACUAGGACUGAUUGCACACUUCGUCGUACAUGGGAAAAUUCUUAUGCAGCAGAUAUGGAGAAGUGGCACAGACUGGGAUGAUCUCAUCGCGGAAGAAUUGCAUGAUAAGUGGAGACAUUGGUGUCAGAGCAUGCAGCAUCUAGAUGAAGUGAGGGUGCCUCGUUGUUUCUUCAACAUUUCUGCUCUCAAAGAUGUGGAAGCCCAUCUAUUCGUGGACGCCAGCGAAGUAGCCUGUGCGGCUGCAUUGUAUUUUCGACUCAUCGACAAUGGUACAUCACGAUGCGUCCUAGUAGCUGCAAAAACGAAGGUCGCUCCGCUGAAACCACUAUCCAUCCCUCGUCUAGAGCUACAAGCGGCGAUGAUCGGAACUAGGUUGAUGGGCUCAGUGUUAAGCUCCCUGGAUAUCCAAAUAACUAAACGCUACUUCUGGACAGACUCAACAACCGUUCUGUAUUGGCUACGAUCCGCCGCUCGACGAUAUCAUCAAUUUGUUGCGUUUCGUGUAGGAGAGAUUCUCACUUCAACGAGCGUAGAUGAAUGGAAUUAUGUGCCAUCGAAAAUAAACAUUGCUGAUGCGGCCACGAAGUGGAAAGAUGGACCAAGUUUCGACCCGAAUGGGCCGUGGUACAAUGCACCGGAGUUCUUAUUCAACGCGCGGGAUCGGUGGCCGUCAGAACCCAAGCCGAACAGGGUGGAUGUAGAAGCUGAACUACGUACCGUAUUUCUUUAUCAUGGUAUGAUGCCGCAACCACUGAUGGAUGUUUCUAGAUUCUCAAACUGGAAUCGUUUACUGAGAGCGACGGCCUACGUGUUACGAGCCGUGUGCAAGUUCAAGGGUGGAAAGGGAUUUCAGUCCAAUAUUCUAGUACAGAAGGAGUUAUACGAGGCUGAAAAUCUAAUUUGGCAGCAGAUUCAAGUUGAAACCUAUCCAGACGAGUACGCGAUUCUGCGGCGAAGCCUAGGGGAUUCGACAAGCUCACCACCCAUCCCGAAGUCCAGCUCACUGUACCGACUAUCAGUAUUCUUAGAUGAAACAGGCAUCAUUCGGAUGAACAGUAGGAUCUGCGAAGCACCUACCGUGGCGUAUGAUGCAAAGUUUCCAAUUAUAUUACCAAGGAAGCACUUCGCUGUUCAUCUUCUAGCGGAAAGCUACCAUCGGAAAUUCCUCCACGGAAAUGGGGAGACAGUUUGCAACGAGAUGCGUCUACGGUUCUUUAUACCUGGGCUACGAGUGCUGAUUCGUCAGGUAUCGAAACAGUGUGUUACCUGCCGCGUAAGAAAUGCUGUUCCAACACCACCUAUGAUGGCAUCCCUACCGACCGCUCGCGUUACAGGAAUGAUUCGACCAUUUACGCACACUGGCGUAGACUAUUUCGGGCCAAUACAGGUCAAACAAGGUCGAAACCUAGUGAAAAGGUGGGUGGCGUUAUUCACUUGCCUCACCAUACGCGCUGUACAUUUAGAGGUAGUACAUAGUCUCUCUACCCAGUCGUGCGUAAUGGCCAUCAGACGAUUUGUGGCUCGCCGUGGUUCCCCAGAAACCUUCUAUAGUGACAACGGAACUAACUUCGUGGGAGCUAGCAACAUUCUUGAGAAACAGAUGCAGGGGAUCCAGGAGAAUUGUGCGAUUAUAUUUACCAACAGUAAGACGAGCUGGUGUUUCAAUCCGCCUUCGGCGCCUCACAUGGGCGGCGCUUGGGAGCGCAUGGUACGCUCAGUAAAAACCGCUAUGUCUGCCAUCGCAGACUAUCCACAGCAUCCUAGUGACGAAGUUUUGGAAACAGUAGUGGCAGAAGCCGAGUCGAUUGUCAACUCAAGACCAUUGACAUACAUUCCGCUUGAGUCGAUGGAAGAAGAGUCACUGACGCCAAACCACUUCCUGUUGUUCGGCACAAAGGGCGUUGCACAACCGGAAACAUCAACAAAGGUGGAAGCAAGUAGUUUUCGAGACAGCUGGCGUCUCGCACAAUGCUUGGUAAACCUUUUCUGGGCCCGCUGGGUUCGGGAGUACCUACCAAUUUUAACCAGGCGUACAAAGUGGUUUGAACCUACUAAACCGUUGAAAGCAGGAGACCUAGUCAUCGUCGUGGAGGAGAGCAAGCGGAACGGUUGGAUAAGGGGUAAGAUCGUGAACGUUAUUAAGGCACCAGAUGGACAAGUUCGGCGAGCAGUUGUGCAGACGAAGGAUGGAUUAAUCAAUAGACCUGCAGUAAAGCUAGCACUCCUGGAUCUUCAGACACCUGGAGACGGUCCGGAACUUCACGGGCAGGGGGAUGUUACGAAACCACAGGGCAGAUUCGUUCAACAGACAGAUGAGUUCAGUUCAGUACCACCCGGUGCUGUCAAUACGAGCAAACAUAAAUGUCAGUUGCGCAAACGUCAGAACAUAUCCUCGUGUGCGAUACUGUCAGAUGGAGCAUAG